AUGUCUAUCCGAUCAGCCAUCGCCACCAUCGUCGCUUUCGCCACCACUGCCCUUGCCCACGGCACAGUCUCCGGAUUUCUGACGGACGGCACCUUCAACCAGGGCUUCCUACUCGACUACUACUACACGAAACAGAACGGCGGUGAGUUGCCCGACAUUGCCGCUUGGUACGCCGAGAACACCGACAUCGGGUUCAUAUCCCCCGAUGCUUACAACACCUCCGACAUCAACUGCCACAAGAACGCCGAGCCCGGUGCCCUGACAUCUACCGUGGCGGCUGGAGGCACCGUUGACUUCAAGUGGACGACCUGGCCCCACGGCAUUGGCCCGGUCCUCACCUACGUCGCCUCCUGCGGCGAUGUGGACUGCUCCGCCGUCGACAAGACGACCCUGCUCUGGGUCAAGAUCGACGAGUCCGGCUACGACACGACCACCUCAACGUGGGCGGCGCAGACUCUCAUCGACAACAACAGUACCUGGACGACUACUGUCCCCGAGACACUCGCUGCCGGAAACUACGUGUUCCGUCACGAGAUCAUCGCGCUCCAUGGAGCGACCACCGAGAACGGAGCGCAGAACUACCCUCAGUGUAUGAACAUCGCUGUCACGGGCUCGGGCACAGAUCUGCCGGAAGGCACUCUGGGCACUGACCUGUACGCGGCCGAUGAUGCUGGCAUCUUGUUCAAUCCUUACACGACCAUCUCCUCAUACACCAUCCCCGGCCCAGAACUAUUCGGAUCCUCAGGCUCGGGCUCGGGCUCGGGCGCGGCAACAUCAGCCACAUCAGCAGUUGCUUCGACCAAAGCAGCUGCCAGUGCCUCAGCGAUCAAGGCCACUUCCGCGGCGACAUCUGCCGCGCCAACAUCGGCUGCAGUCACUUCGGUUGUGGCUACAUCAUCAGCUGCUGCUUCAACGACUGCUGUUGUCACCUCCUCGCCGACUACCCUGGCGACUGUGACCAAGGCAACGUCGACGACAAAGGCGGCCACCACCAGCGCUGCGUCGCCCAGCCAGAGCGGAUCGGUCGACGCUGCGUCGCUCUACGGUCAGUGUGGUGGCAAAGCCUGGACUGGCGCGACGACGUGCGCCGUGGGCACCUGCACGAGCUACAACGAUUACUACUCGCAGUGUGUGAACGCUUGA